UCUGAAUUCACACAUUAACCUCGGCUGUUUGUGGAAAACCAUACUCUAGUUGUCACGAUGAAGAUCGCCUUUCUCCUGAUUCUGGCUGUAGCAGCAGUGGCAGUAAGAGCAGGAAGACAUCAGCAUCAUGACCACGAUGAUGAUCGAAACUCCAAUGGGACCAGACCAAUCAGACCCCAUGGAGAAGGAAACUCCAAUGGGACCAGACCAAUCAGACCCAUCAGACCCAAUGGAAACUCCAAUGGGACCAAACCAAUCAGACCCCAUGGAGAAGGAAACUCCAAUGGGACCAGACCAAUCAGACCCAUCAGACCCAAUGAAACCCAUCAUGACAAGGAGGCUAAACGACCUAAACGUUGGAGCGGGACCAGCUUCUUUGAUUUCCUCCGUGGUAAAGGUAGUAAAGGAAGUCCUUUGGAGACCAAACCGACCAGACCCAGUGAAGGAGGAAGUCCUUUGGAGACCAAACCAACCAGACCCAGUGAAGGAGGAAACUCCAAUUGGACCAAACCAACCAGACCCAGUGUAGGAGAUGGAUUUGGGUUCAACCUGGAAGAUGCUCUUCAUCCAGGUCCUCAAUCUUCCAAGCCCUAUGCAGGAAAGGACACUGGAUUCAAACUGGAAGACGCUCUUCGUCCAGCGGCAAAACCCACGGAUAAACCCAGUGGAGGAGACUGCCCGGCCAGUGUGGUCCAGAAGCUGAGCACACUCAUCGAGAACCAGAACCAGCAGCUGCGUCUGCUGGGGCUGCUGCUGGCUCGCACUUCCCCACCCGCCACUUCCCCACCUCCCACUUCCACAUCCCCCACUUCCACAUCCCCCACUUCCACAUCCCCCACUUCCACAUCCCCCACUUCCACAGUUGCUUUGGCAUGAAAGUGACAUCUUCGACAAGAAGAUCCCCUGCAGGAUGACGCUGAUGAAGAUACCAUCCUCAUUUUUUUCUUGAUAAGUUUAGAAGCAUAUAGGG